UAUAUCGUGACUGUGACCGUGUUGAAAGACAUUCUACUAUGAAUUGCUCACAUUAAAAACUUAAUAUCUUCUUCGGUGGUGGUAGUGCUGAGAACUUAAAUGUGCCACUGUUCUUAGAUCGUAGUGUUUGUUCAGCAUUACUAGUGGUACCAACGCAAGUACUAACAGUGUUAUUAGGUACCGUUACCCAGUGAUGGCAGAUCAUCUGUACAUUAUUAGGCUUAGGCUGUCGGUCGCCCACAACCUAAUCACCGUCAUGGCUGGCUCCGUGUGAAGUGGUAGCGAGUGCUCACGAAAGGGGAGCAAGGUAGGGGUGUCCGACGGUCAUGAUUUUGCACUUGGCUCGCCUGGCUUCCUAUGAUAACGGGGUUGGUUACUAAGAUGUCAAAUACUCAGGAUUCUCCAAGACGAAUCGAAGAAAGAACGAGCACACCAUCAUCCCCAACACCUUUAGCCAAUACUACUACUACUACCGUAACUUCCGAUACCGGAAGUAAUAACACAAUACCCUGUAAUAUCAUAGGGGCCAUUGUUAACCGAUCUCAACACAGAGUAUCACUUGAUUUCACAGGAAGCGCCACAAAUGAUGUAAGUAGUGAGAAACAAACUUCUGGUAGUCCUCAACAGCAAAAUGGUGGCGUCGGAGCUCAAGCUCAGGAAAAGAUCAUCACGUCUGGAACAGCUUCUCCAUCCAGUAGCACCGCUCGUAGUGGAAGUGUUGUUCUUCCAAAUCCGGGAACUUUUAGUCAACGUAGCGUUAGUUUGGUUAGUAUUGAAAAAACGGAUACUCAUAGCAGAAUGGUGGAAACACCAUCCACGGCGGACGCUCCUUGCACGAGCUUCAAUACGACCUACAGGAAGGGUAGUUAUAAGAAUGAUUCAAUUGGAGGGACCAGCAGCGACAGCAGCGCCACUUAUAUGCGAAACAACAGAGCGAUCUCCAGUAAAAAGAAAUCAUUAGAAGAAACAGAAAGUCCCAUGACAAACGGCACUGGCCGGGAAAAAGACCCUAAAAGGUGCUGCUUAUGUUGGUGCUGUUGUUGUAGUUGUUCGUGCCUCGCAGUAAAAAAUCAUGACGCGUCGUCCAGGAUUAAAGACAACAAACAGCUAAGUUCACUAGACCAGUAUUUCAAAGAAGAUGGAGAACCUCCACCAUCUUUGGAAGAAAUUCGUUCUUGGGGAGAGUCAUUUGAUAAACUUAUGAAAUGUCCAGCGGGUCGAAAGGUGUUUAGAGAUUUUUUAAAAUGUGAAUACAGUGAAGAGAAUAUUUUGUUUUGGCUCGCUUGCGAAGACUUGAAGACAGAGACCAACCCUGAAGUGAUAGAAGAGAAAGCGAGACUGAUAUACGAAGACUACAUAUCUAUCCUUUCACCAAAGGAGGUGAGCCUGGAUUCAAGAGUUCGAGAAAUCAUCAAUAGAAACAUGGUAGAACCCACGCCUCACACCUUUGACGAAGCUCAACUCCAGAUCUACACCCUCAUGCACAGAGAUUCUUACCCUCGUUUUGUGAAUUCUCUAAUGUACAGAAAACUCGCACAUCUACCUGUACCUAGUCGAAAAGGAAGUGUUGCUUAGAAGGCUCUAUUAUGUCAGAAUACUUGCUUAUGUUCUCUAGUAUUCUUUUUACGAAAGCAGUUAAUAAGAUAAAGAAAUACUUAAUUUUUGUUCUUUGCCUCGCAUGUAGUUAAGCACAUCUGUGAUUCGUCGUGAACGUUCUUGUUUUCUUCAGUAGUUUAAAAUAUAAACAUUCAGCUCAAUUGUCUCCACAUCAAGUAAUAUAAGACUGGUGACAUAUAGGAGGCUUAGUGAAACCAUACCUCUUUGUUUAUUAUUGGUAACGAUGGACCAAUGUGAUGCUGUAUUAGUACCUGAAGACAUAUUCCUGCAAACGUUUACUAUAUAUAUAUAUAUCUGUGUGUGUGUGUAUGUGUGUGUUUGUUUACCGGGACGACUACAAUCCAACUUAAAAACUUGUACGUUCGAUGUCCUGGAUUUGGAAUUAAACUUCUGCUGCAAUCUUUGUUUUCAGUGCUUGUCCCUGAGCAAAACUUUUCUGGAGAUAUUCCGCUUGUUUUGUCUAAAGGUAUCUUUCUUCUAUAAAGAAUAAGAUGACUUGUUUUUCAUUCCCAAUUUUCAGAUGGUAACCAGUUUUCGUUUUUCAUGUGUUACCAAGAAUAUUUGAAAAAUGACCAUGUUUAUCUUGUUGUAGAAUAGUUUGUAAAGUGUCAUUUCUACCGAUUAUUGUUCCAAUGUUAAUCAAUGUAUUUAUGGAAUAUUCUGCUUGUAUAUUGCAGCAGUAAUUUUCAUUACAAGUUCAUUCGCGCGUUAAAAGAAGUACCCUUUAAGCUUAAUAUCAUAAGUUCAAUUCAGUCCAUUACGUGCAUGCAAAGUACGUUGAGGCAAAGUGUCUAAUGAGAAAUCAUGAUGUAAAAUAUAUAUAAUUUGUUAGUUACAGAUUUAUAUGCACAAGUCUAAUCUGUUUUGUUUUUAAUGUUGUUGUUUGUUUUUUCAUCUUUAGUUGUUGGAGUUGCGGUACAUAAACUGUUAAAAUAAUAAUAUUGCUUUAUGAAAUCUAGUAGCGCUAUAGUUUAUAUUCUUACACACGAGUGCAAUUUGUUUUUGUUAUUACAAACAAGAAAAAGAAACGUCGUAAAAAAAAAACAUCAAUUUAGAUUUAUUGCUCUAUUUAUAAAGGGUAAUGAGACGUUACAACAAGAUAGCUAGCUUAUUCUUUCAGUAUCUUAGUGACUAGUUUCAUACACUGCAAGUUUCUGAGUUAAUUAUCAAUAGAUAAUUUUAAAAAAAGGAUAUCGUUUAAAGAAUAUCCGAAAAAAAAAUCAAUGUCCAGUCAACAUACAGUUAAUCAUCUGUACUUUAAGUUUCGAACUUUUCACUUUUUAAUACGUAAUGUUUUGGCAUUAGUCUGAAAUAAAAUUUUUAUUAGGUGGUAUUACCUCACUGACUGAAAACUGCAAAAAUUAAACUACACCAGGAAUCCUUUUGAAUUGGCAAACGGUUCAGCUGAAGGUGAUAUCAGAAAAUAAAUAAAUCGCACUUCUUACAAAUGUUUUACCUUAUAAAUACCACAACAAGCAUCGAUAAUUUACGUCAGAUAUCACAGAUUUUGUAUAUUUGAUUUUACAGUUUUUAAAGGUUUACUUUAUGACAUUUCACGAUGUUUGUUCCAACUUCACUUGAAAUCCCUCUACUGCGAAGUUAUCAUCAGAUUGUCACUGCUUACCGUUUUUUGGAGAAGAUAAGGCAUCUCAUGCUGUUUGAAGGCGUUUCGCUAAUAAUAAAUUACUUGAAACCUGAAUGGUACUUUUUACAAAACCAAAAAAAAAAAAACGUUUUUGCAUUACUCACAUAAAGUGUUUUUUUAUUACUCUAUUUCACAGUAUGCAAAAUAUAGAUAGUAAUGCUGAUUAGAGACUUUGUGAGGAUUUAGAUGAAUGAAAACACGCCCAUAAAUAUAUUUAGGAAAUACAUGCAAAUCAUUGUUCAUUAACAAUCAUUCCUAUUGGAGAGUGAAAAGUGGACCAACCCAAAUAUAUUGUCGUAAUGUGUAUGAAAACAUUAGAAAGUCAUACUUCCUUGGCUUAUAUAAUGAAAUAUUUUUAAUGUAGUUUGGAGUAAUCAACCACAGUCAGAAGAUGAAAAAAAAAAUUAAGCGACUACAACUGGUCUUAGAUAAAUAAAAAUUGCUUCAUUGUUAAGUAAUUUUAGUUUCUUUGUUUUCCAAGGAUGCAAAUGAGUUUGGAAUCAAAAACCGUUUCGGUCUUUAACGUUUCGCACAAAUAAGCAAUUACAUCUGGAAAUUUGUUUUCUAGACUUUAAUAUUGUUGCCAAAUAUCCAUAUAUUUAAUAUCAUGUUUUUUUAUGUUUCUUAUAUUUCAAGAUAUCUGUAUAUGGCUGCAGAAUACAAUGAGUUUGUAGUAGACAUACAAUUCAACGUAUCGUUUUGUUAGUUUACGCUCAUUUUAGUUUUACUCGGAUCACAAAAUAAAAUCAAAAUCUUCACUAGUGUAGUUGCGGCGCGGAUGUCAAAGUUAUACCACUUAAUAUUUAUUAUAAUUAUUAUCUAUCAAGCUUAUUAUUAGAAUGCUGCGUUUACCAGACCCUAAACGCAUUCUAAAACAUCUAAAAUUUAUGCAGUGUCUGUGUUAUAAAAUUGAUGAUAUCCGGGGCUUGGUGUGUAUUUAUUAUUAAAGUUUAUCACCUACAUAAUGUCAUUUGUAUUCAUGAGUCAGCUCUCGACUUGCAUGAAUUAUUUUUUUGAUCUAGAGGUUAGAAUGAAAUUGUUCUUCGUAGUUCGUACAGAAUAUACUACAGAAUAUAUAAUGUAGCUUAGGUAUUUAAAAAAAAAAACGGCCUCUAGCAUGAAACUUUAUUUCAUAUUUUGUAAUGUGUUUAUGAACUUCAUAAAAUAGUUUAACAUUAGCCGAAACAUCAAUUAACAUUUUAAACUUAGUCUUUUUCCUAUAUUGAAAGUAUUACUGCUGUUAACCUGAUGUCUAUAUCUAUACCUUGUUUGUAUAUAAAAUAUGCAUUAUUUCUAAGCUUGCAGAUCUCCCGAAUUAACCAAUUAUGAACGAACACUUUUUGCCAUAUGUAAAAGGAAUCGUAUGAAAACACUUACAUGGAUAUAUAACUAGACACUUAUUUCUAGCUGUAAAAAUUUUUUCUUCACGGUUUCAUAACUCGGUACUUCUUUCUGUCAUUAAAAGGCUUUGUGUGUUCGUUAACUCAUUUAUAUCUGUCGUUAUACAUGAUGACGAUAAACAGAAUAAUUAGACAAUUUUUGUCAUCAUCAGACGAUGUGACAAUGUUAUAUCAAACUGCAUAAUUUUUAUGUUUUCUUUCCAUCAUCAGACAAUUUGACACUGUUAUAUCAAAACACAAAUUUUUCUUACCAUCAUCAGGUGAUUUGAUCUUGCCAUACCAAAUCACACAAGUUUUGUUUUCUUCCCAUCAUUAGACGAUUAACGUUGCUAUAAAUAGACAUUAUCAUUUCUGUCUUCUGCCACUAGCUCUAACCUUGUGAUUUCAUCUGUUUAUGCCCCCUGGUGGCUCAACUUAUUAUAACGCUAAAAUUCGGGUUUCGAUAACCGCGAUGAGCACAGC